GGGGCGGAGGGCGUGAGCGGGGCCGCGAUGCUGCCGGGGGGGGCGGCGGCGGUGAGCGGGCAGGCGCCAUGGGCUGCGGGGGGAGCAGGGCCGACGCCAUCGAGCCCCGCUACUACGAGAGCUGGACGCGGGAGACCGAGUCCACCUGGCUGACCAACACCGACUCCGAGAGCCCGCCGCAGGAGGGCGGCAGCGCCGAGCCGGGCGGCCGGGAGCCGGGCGGGCCGCCACCCGGUCUUCUGGAGGAUGUGAAAUCAGCUCAGACAGGUGUAACUACAGCAUCAGCCACAGCUGGAACGCUGAAUGCCGAGAAAAGGACAAACUGUGGUCCUCAGUGUGCAAACCCCAUGGGCCAUGGCACAGGAGCUACGGCGCAGAGACAGAACAGCUUCAGGACAGAAGAGAAUACGUGGGACACACAGAAAAUGUCCACAAAAGAAGUCACCAUUAAUGUUACAAAAAGCAUCAGACAAAGUGACAGAAGGAAAACAAAGAAUUGUGUCAAUUAACAAAGGAAAGCGCAGAUGAGGAUGGACCUAACAAUGCUUCGCUGCACUUUAAAUGUCAUCAGUCAUCACUGAAGAUAUGAAAAUCUCCAGAUGUUCCAUGUUGAAUACAGCAGGCAGCUGCUGCUGAGUGCCUUCAUAAACAUGUCUUGUAGAAACCAGCUGCAGACACUGUAGGAUGUUCAGAUGUCAUUUGCCUAAAGGAGUGGCACUGCGCAUACGCCAAAAUUUGUGCCAUUUGAUUUUUACUAAGUCCUGUGUUAUCUCCUUGUGCAUGUCGUGUUCUGCACUGCUAUUGGGAUGAGGCUGGAUGAUGAGAGGUACAGUUCUUCUCAAUUUAAAUAGGAAAUGAACACGUGCAUCUGCAUUUUCAGUCAUAAGGGGGUUCGAGUGUGUUCAAGGGGUUUCAAACCCACAGGGUUCAUUUAAAGCACUCACUUUCAUAAAACUCAAACCUAGAGAUCUUAGAAAGAGACACAGCGGUGGCUUCCAUUAAAUCUCUUUUAAACUAUAUAUAGCAGUUAUAGGUAGUUAAGUCAUAUAGUAACCUUUUUAUAUUUUAAUCUUUUAAUUACUUAGUUUUCACUUAUUUUGUGUAUUGACGGAAUUUAAGUCUUAAAAAACAGUAACUUUCAUAUUGAUCAGUCUUACUUGAAGUUCCUAGUCUUAACUGGCAGGUAGGGUUCUGGCUACUUACUUAUUUUAUACACGCCCCUUUAAUUAUAUUGAGGCCCAGACUGACUUGGAAAGAAGUGAUCACUAGCAUUCCAUGAAAAUAACCAUAAUUCUUAAAGCAAUAUUCCAAUGACAGCUCCAAAAAUUAACUUUAUUUGAUCAGAUAUAGUUGAUUUCAUGUGAAAAACUUACUUAAUUGCAUCAUAAGCAAUGUAUCAUAGUACUCCACAUUUAUCAUAAAUUUAUAUCUAAAAGGAAUAUAAAUGUUCAGUGUAGUAAAGACCAGGAAUUAAUUCAACAUACUACUUCUUAGUAUAGAAGUAAUAAUAAUAUAUAUUCUCUGUGAUUUAGUACAUUUAUGCAGAUAAAAGAGGUAAAUUUAUUUGCCUCCCCCAUCAGACAUAUAUGUGAGUAUCCUUAGAGGGCCAUUAAAAUAACCACUCAAAAGUUGCUCGUUAGAAACAGAUGUCAUUAGGAAAAAAAUCCAUGUAUGAACUGUGAGAAGUAAUUUUUACACAUAGGCAAAGAAAUAUAAAUAGAAUUGUGGGACUGAAUCCUAACUUAUUCCAUAUUAGGAUCAUUUUAAUAACUUGCUGCUAGGUGUGUGAGUACUUAAUACUUACCUUGGAGUACAACAAGCCUAUGCAAUAGGGAAUUGUUUAUUAAUUAUUCCGACACAAAGGCAAUCAGAAAUCCAGAGUCAGUGUGAGAUUUUUGCAUACAAGAGCAUACAUAUAAGAAAUGUUUAUUUGUAGAUGUCCUAAAAUGGGGCAAAAAACUUCUGCUAAGCUUUCUGCAGCUCAUUGUGUUACCUGGUAAGAAUGAAAAAAUAUUGAAAAUAAUGUUGUACAGGUAAGACAACAGCAGUCUGCAUCUGUCCCUCCAAUUUGUGGCUCUCUGCCAACUUGCUGGCAACAUUACAGGAGAGGAAGGGACUAGUCACUAACAAUAAAGCUGCUGUAGCAGCUCAGCAAUAUUAAUUCAGACGUGCAUAGCCAUUGUUGGUGGCCAUGUACUGACCUAAUUGAAAGCAUGCGUUCGGGAUUCUGCAUUAUUUGUGUAAAUGAUGAACCAUUUCACAUCUGUGGCAGGCUUGUAACCCACUUCUGUUUCAAAGGAUUUACUGGCAGAGAGAGUGCAGUAUAAACCUGUACAGUGCAGGAAAGCUGCAGAAAGUGAUUAACAAUGUUGGUGUGUGAAAGGGUAGAGAAGAUUUUUGAAGUAAAGGAAAAGGGAAGGUUCACUGUGUGACAAGCUGUUCCACAGAUGGUUCCCUUGGGUGGGUACCAUGUUGGGGUGAGUAGAUGCAAGAGCAAAGGAGUCUUAGCAGUGAGAUUAUUUACUAGCUAAGAAAUUAUUUUGUAAUGAUGUGCUGACCAGAUGUGUCUGAUAGCUUGGGCCACACAACAGAAGCAAGCCUGCAAUGCUGCAUAGCGCAUCGGUAUGAGAAACAGCCCUGCAUGUCAGCAGUCAGCAGGGAGGCAGUUUUUGAGCCUCAUAGUCAGAGCAUGAGAUGUGACAGGAUGGUUAGCAGGAGAUGGCCUUGGUACAUAAUGAUCUGGGCAAUACUACGGAUCGUGAUUAUGUUGACCACAUCCCCCAUCGGGGUGGCAGCUGUGGAGUGGUGGAGGCUGACUGCCCUGGAUGACCCCUCUGUCUGCUCAUGAUAACUUUCCUGAGCUAGUCCAAGAUCACAUAAUCUUGUUUAUAUCCUGAAACUUAACUUUAGGGCAUUCAAAAUCUGGAUCUAACUUCUGUGGUACAAACCACAUCUAGUUACAAGAAACUUUAUAAACUCUUCUCACGUAACACAUUACUGCUGUUACUCAUUAGGUGGUAAUUGAAAAGAAAUUACAUUAUGUUUUAGAUGGCUUCAUAAUUCUUGAUGCGUAAGCUUCCAAUGACCUUAAUAAAAUUAAGAGCAUGUUGUGGAGAUGUGAAUCCUGCCUCUGUAUGUAGACAGGGUUAUAUUUAUGUUUUCCUUACUUUCCUUCUACUAGAGACAACCA